GUGUUCGGAGCAAGCCCACGAAGUUUGGCCUUUUGUUGAAGAAUCCUUUUCACGGCCGCGAAAUCCAUUGAGCGGCCGAGACAUCCAUUUGGCGGCCAACAAAUCGUUGUUUUCCAGAUUCUGGAAUGUUCAACAGCUUUUCAAUCCGUUCGCCCAAACCCUAGCAGCCACAAACCAUUACUUCAGGGCUACGAAUACACUUACCAUAGAGGUAUUGAAGCCCUAAACUUCCAUUUCAAUUGGGUUAAUCUCGUCCGUUUGAUCGGUCCUUCGAAACCCUAUAAAUAGGGAAUCCUCUAGAGCUCCAAAAUAGACAUCUCUCCACUCCAUGAUCCGCCCCCAAACUCUACAGAAAUCAUCUUCUAUUAAUCCGAUCUACAAAAGCCCUAACCUCCCGUGAGUAGCCACAUCCGAGAGUAAAAACCCGCAAAGAACUCACUUUGUUCUAGGGUUUUGUGAAGUCGACCACCACAAUCAACCACUAUUAUCUACAAUCAAUCACAUUCCAAGCAAUCAAUCUCUGAGGGAUCAAGGUGAUUUGCUUUUGGACUUAGUUGUGAUAAUUGUGGCCGCCAAUCUCUCAGAAGCCCAUUCCUCCAGAAGUUGACAGCGCCGUGAUCAUAAUGGAAAACGAUGAGCUUGCCCAACAAGUCAAGGACAUCAAAGCUGCCUUGGCUCACUCAAAAGGAGAUCAAAUCCAUGAUUUUGAUGGACUCUGCCUUUUCCCAAAUGCCAAACUGCCAGAGAAGUUCAAUAUGCCCGAUACUGAGAAGUUCAAUGGCACCGGCAAUCCCACCAGGCAUGUCUGCCAUAUCAUCAACACCCUGAAACCCCUGGGAUUGAAUGAUGAACUCAUUGCCCAACUUUUUCAAAGGACUCUCACAGGGAAUGCUCUCGACUGGUUUCUCACUCUAGACUUCACUAAGUACAAGGGGUGGCAAGAAAUUGCCAAUGCUUUCAUCAAUCAAUAUGCCUACAAUGUCCAGAUUGAGGUAACCACUCGAGAUUUGGAGAUGCUCAAACAAAAGCCAAAUGAGAGCUUUGCCAAUUUUCUUACUAGGUGGAGAAAGAAAGCCGCACAGAUGAAAACUCUUCGCUCAGAAGAAGACCAAAUCAGAAUGGUGGUAAGAAAUUUACUGCCACAGUUCUUGAGGCACAUGUAUUCCCAAGCAAUUUCUACUUUUAAGUGCCUCUAUGCUACUGGAUUGCAAGUUGAAGACGGCCUUAAUCAAGGAUUACUCGACAAUGGAGAAGUCAGCCACAAGGUAGAGACAAGCACAAAUACCAACAAUGAUAGUGGUAUUAAUAUGGUGAUAUCUCAUCACAAGCGUAAGAGGGAAUUUGUUCCUCUUCGAAUGAAGCUAGAAGAUGUAUUCCACAUCUUAGAAGCAACAGGCGAUCUGAAACCAUUGCAACCAAAAUUUCCUAGUAAUCUUGCGUAGAAGGAUGGGGAGUAUUGCAAGUAUCACCAAGUGAUUGGUCAUUCCAUUGAACAAUGUGGGGCUCUCAAGAAUGCAGUCCAAGAUCUCAUCGAUCAAGGGAUAGUUGAUCCAACCAAGCUGGAUGAUUGAGAAGCGGCGGCCAAAUUCUGUCAUGUGUUUUGAGUCAGUUUUUUUUAUGAGUCUCAAUUAGCUAAUCUUUGGGUCUUUCUUUUGACCCUUAUUCGCUUCUUUUUAGGGUUUGAGUCUUGAGUUUGUUCUCCUUUAGGAAUUUGAGUCUUGAGUUUAUUUUCUCUUGA